AUGUUCCAUGGGGCAUGCCUGCAGGAUGUGGUCAUCCGGAAGCAGCCGCACUGCGAGCACGUCUGGACGAAAGGCGAAAUCUUUGAGCGUUUCAACACGACUUGGGACAACCCGCACUACGGCCUUACGCAGCAGCCGAAAGCCCAGGCUUACCUGAUGCGGCUGAAUGCACGAAGCGCCCGUCUGCUGCGGACUUGGGAGAUGCUCCUGCAGGAUUUCCAUCUGGUGUCGGAUGAACCCUCCAGGAACACAGCACUCGAUGGUCCCUGGCACAAGCGGAAAGAGAAUCGCCAUGACCAAAGCCUGCUCUCCAUGGUCAUCAAG